AUGGCAACCCCACCUCAUUCCCUCGACCACCUAAUCCUCUUCCUCCCUGUCAACCCCAGUACCACACUCCCCCAAAUUCCUCCAUCUCUCGCCUCAUCCUUCACCCUCAUCCCCGGCGGCCACCACGCCGACGGCGCAACCUCCAACACACUGGUCCUUCUCCAAGACGGAUGCUACAUUGAGCUCAUCUCCUUCUGUAACGCCUCCCUCGCCGAACAGCACUGGUGGGGCCCCAACCCAAAUUUCAACGGCUGGAAAGACUGGUGCUUAACCAAUGCUCUCCCCGCCGACGAGAACCAGAAAAUGGUGGCUGGCAGCCAUGCAGAUCCAAUCAGGGGUGGCAGACAGAGGCCGGAUGGCGUGAAGGUGGAGUGGGAUGUCACAUUUCCGCAUGGCGAAAAGGGUGGACAGGGAAGUAGGGGCCGCGUACCGUUCUUCUGCCAUGAUGUCACGCCUAGGGAAGUCAGGGUGCCAGUUGACCAGGAGAAGACGACGCAUCCGUGUGGAGCAUUGGGGGUCAAGGAAAUCCACGUUGUUGUGGAUGAAUUUGGGCUUUUUCCUGAUACGCGGGACGAUUAUGAGAAGAUUCUUGGUGAGCCUGAGAACAAAAAGGGGGGUUUGAGAUUUCGACUCAAGAGGGUGAGAGAGGUGGAGGGGUUUGAAUUUGGAGGCGCCGACGUUGUGCUGAACUAUCCUAGGAAUGAAGAGGAUAGGCGACGCGUUGCCAAGACUGGCUUUUGGUUUGGGGAUGUUGUACUUUUUGGAAAAGCGGAAGAGGGUAGGAAAAAGGGUGCUAGAGAACGGUUGGAUGUCACAGAUGGAGGAGACGGGGUUGGAGGUCUUUGGAUAGAAUAUGUUUGA